UGUUGACACUACUACUAGUUCGAGCACCAUGCUGUAUACAUCAAUAUCAAAUUUUUCCACUUCUGCUGCUACUUGGUUCUCAUCUACACCAUCAACAACUACCACCACCACCACUACCACCACCACCACAACCACUAGUGAAUUUACCUUCAGUCGAAAACCACUGAUAGCAACUGGGAUUAAGUACACUAUUCCAGUCGGUUUGUCUUCUAUACCUUUAACUUCGACUGUUAAUCCGAUCAUAACUCCUGUGAUGACAUAUCAUCAGCUGGACGAUCUGAUAAAUAAAUGGAACCUUGAAUUAGAGGAUCAAGAGAAGCACUCUCUUCAUCAGACCACCCAGGUCAAUGCGUGGGAACAUACAUUGAGAAUGAUUACUGUUUCACAUGGAGAAGUGGAAAAAGUAAAAUUGGAUAGAAAAAGGCUAAAAAAUGAAUCGGAUUUUCUCCUGUCGCAGCAGAAGGAAAUAGAAGAUCCCUGGAUCCCUUUAGAGGAGUCUUUGAAGGACCAGAGUAGUUCUGUUUAUCAGAAGUAUGAAGACGAGGAGCAUGAGAGGAUCUCGAACAGAUCAGCAGAAUUCUGAAUGCUCAUAUGGACUCUCUAGAGCGGAUUAGUCAGAAUCCAGGCAUGCUGCAAAGGAAGGUAGAAGAGGUAGCACAGGUUUUCCAGAAUCGUCUUCACAAGGAGCAAGAACACAAUGUCAGGAUGGCUUUUAAUUGAAUGACCAUAUCUUCAGCGUGUUAUUUUUGGUUUAUACAUUAUUUACAAAUUUUGAUGA